AUGGUCUCUGGGGACCUAGAGAACACUCCGCCAGCCGGCCGUCGGACCACUACCGCCCUGAGAGCUGCGGCCUCUGCUCUUCCGCCCAGUCCUAUGGUGAUGUCCAUCUACUGCGGCCCUGUGCUAGACGCUACAGGGUCGGUGGUACGCCCCGAAAAGCUCGAAAGGAACCGCUCUGGCACCAUACGCUGGCAGUCCCGUGCGGGUUUUUCUGGUUUUAAAGAGAGAGUUGGCAGCCAAGCGUCGACCUUUGCCGACGCCGUCAUCACCUACCAUGAUCUCGACGUCAAGGUCGAGAUACCUGGUUCUAUCUAUAAUCAGCGAACUCCAGCCUCUCCUGCCACUGUGCAGGACUAUGUCGAGAUGGUUGAGGCCCUCCAAAGGCUUGCGGGGAGGCCUGGACGCAUGCUGCUCAGUUGGACUCGACCUCCUUCUACUCAGCCAGCCGAUACGGAUGCGCCACGCUCUUCAGCCAUAGCAGCCGCUACGCCCGGUUCGGGGCUCACUCAGAUGGACGGACGGGACCCUACCACAUCUCUCACAGAUACGGCGGCCUUCCGAGUGGCGCAACAGGCCAUAGAAGAGCGCUGGAAGCGAUGUGAUUGCCAGGGGAGGGGCGAAAGAGACCGUCGAUGCUACAUUGCUGCUAACAUGGUGCAUUAUCCAAUUACGCCGUCGGGGAUGAUGGAGUGGAAGAGCUGCAUCGUCUACAACAGAGCUACAGUCGAAUCUCCCCCCGUUUCCUUCUUCGAUCGAUCGCACGCAAGACCUCGAGGUCGCUACUCAGAUACGGCUGCAGGGCAGGCGGUGAUGGCUCGCAAUGGCACACUUGCUGAUCCAGCCAGGGCCUCCACGUCGUUUUCAGGCAGUUCGACAGCGUCUUCGAACGUAGACAGCCUGGCUGAUUGGUACUCGGAGCCACCGACGCCCAGUCGGGUGCUCAACAACACCACCAAUCGACCAGCCGUACGGAUGUCUGGGCCCCUUAUGACGAUCUAUCACUACAACCAGACCUUCCAGCCGGGUGGGGAGGACAUGGUACCCAUCCUAUUCAUGCGUGACGUGCUCUACAUGCCCGCCUUGGCCAGGGUUAUCGGAGGACAGGGGCGACAAACGGCUAGCGAGCUGGGGCUGACGCCUAGCCAGCUGGAUGUCUGCGACGACUGGCUCCAGGGAUGGUCUGAGCUGGCGCCUGACGACAAGGAGGACAUUGGUAAGAUGCGCAAGGACCUGGAGCACCUCUCGAGACUCACCGCUGCUGGCUUCCCCGGUAGAAUCGACGUCUCCUCAGCAUCAGCCGCAGACCCGGAUCGGCCUCUCUCUCCCAUCGCCUUGCAGUCACAGUGA